CUGGUACUAUCCAUUUGUCAUCAUGAAGGUCUCCGUGGCUGCCUUUGCUGUCCUGCUUUGCGCCAUGGCCCUCUGUCACCAGGCCUCCCCUGCACCACUUGGUGCUGACACUCCAACCGCCUGCUGCUUCUCCUACGUCAAGCACCAGAUUCCUCGUAAAUUCAUAGUUGAUUAUUUUGAGACCAACGGUCAGUGUUCCCAGCCGGGCGUCAUCUUCCUAACCAAGAAAAACCGGCAGGUCUGUGCUGACCCCCGCCAGGCCUGGGUGCAAGAGUACAUCUCUGACCUGAAGCAGGAAGCUGAAGGAGCAAAGAGACAGCAGGAGACCCAGUGACCUCCCUGCAACCUCCACAGCUACCUCUCCUAUGGACUAUGCCAAAGGGCCAUACUCUUAACUUAAAUUUUAACUUAUGUUAUUUAAUAUUUAUAAUUUAUUUUUUUAUUGAUGCAUGGUGUUUGUGACCAUUUGCUCUGAAGGAUUCCCAGGACACUUUUUUUGCACAUCAUUUUUUGGUGACAGCAGGGUGAUUGUCAUCACCUUAGUUUAGGUAGACAUGGUACCAAAGUC